GGUGUGCCUCGAUAGAGAACCAAGCGCGUGGGAGCUCAGUUCCAAGGAGGCAGUUGGUGAAUACGCUUCGCACCUGCUGUCUAUAUUUCAAAUAAAUAUUCUAACGUUUCAGCUAACCUUUUGUAAUUUCCAAUUGAUUUUCUCACUUAAGGCUUAUAUGGGAGCUAUCUUAUCGGCCAGCACGCAAAGUCUCUUAUAAAAGCAAGCAAUAGAUCACAGGUUUGGCAAAUUCCUUCAAUUUUGCUUUGGAUCAGUAACGCCAGGCUUGAGGAUAUAGCCAAGCUAACAAGAUGGCUAGUUUCAGCGUGGGAUUCGCAAAAUGUUUUAUGCUCUUUAUGGCUGUGGUCAUAUUGGUGCAAGGUCUUGCUUUCUUGGGUCUAUCAUUAUGGGGUCUAACCCACAGCGGUUGCGAAGCGACAACGCAAAUCGAAAACAACCCACUGAGAUUUGCUAUGGAUUUGAUAUACUUUGCGGAUAAAGAAUGUGGCGAUCCAAAGCUCAAUAUACAGGGCAACACAAUCGAGCUGCAGAUGAACUGGGACAAGUCUUACGAGAUAACGCACAGAGAAUAUAUAUUUAUGAUGACCUAUGCAGUGGUUAGCGGUUGUUGGAUUGCCUCAUCGGUGUUUAUCAUACUGACACUUUGCUUUGCCACCACCAAGCUAAUCACUGGGGUUGUCUACUGGCCCUGGUUCCUCUCCGUGCUGGCGGGCUGCAUCUUGGAUGUGGUGGCCACAGUAUUUCAUGCUAUAGAUUUGAGCAAUACUUUAAGCCUAGAAGACGCUUUUAAUUAUGUGGGCGUUGAAAAUACUGACUCGUUGCCCAACGCGGUUAUGGUCUUCUUUCAAAACCUUGGCAUUUACUUCUCAACGCCUGCUGUCAUUAUGCUCUGCAUCAGCUGCCGUGUGGUGGUCAUCUGGCUGUUGAAUCUGAUAGGCGGCAUUUUCUGCCUGACGCUGGCCAACAAUUUGGCAAAACAAACGGCAGCCAAGACACCGGCGUAUAGAAACCAAGAGCCACCAACGCGUCAGGCCACACCACAGCCUAUGCCUGUAAUGACGCAAGCGGUGGUCUUUGAGCAGGUGCAGCCGGAGCCCACGGCGCCCAUGUCCGUCACACCGCAGUCUAUGCAGGAGGAGCUUCAGUAUCCGGAGCAAAUACGUCCCAGACCCUUGUCUAUUGUAGUGCCAGCCACCAAUCCUGAGCUGUUGCAACAUCAGGACUCACGUCAGUAUCAAGCCAACGAUCGCACCACGCUGCAAUCUCCAGUCAUGGUGCUGCCACCCAUUGUGCCCCAACAGCAGCCUGCGCAAGAGUUGAACAGCUAUCGCAAUACUACAACGCAUCCAGAUCAGCUUAACUAUCCUGCUGAUGAGCGUCCCACAUCGCCAGCGGUGCAGCAGCUAGCCACCGGAUCUGCUUUGAACAGUCGUUACUCGGAACUGUAUCCCACGCCGCCUGCAAAUCCACGCAUUAGCGAGGAGCUAAGAAACCAAAUGCCUUGGUCGUAUACUAGUGCCGUAAACAAGCCACCACCGCCGCCACGCAAGCCACAGCAACAGGUGCAAAUUUAUCCACAAAUACCUGAGCCAGACUAUGGGGAGCAUUAGUAUUUUUUGUUUGUUAUAAUUUUGCGUUAUUGUUAACUUUAUUGCAUAAAGCUAAUGCACAUGACCAAGUCUUUGUU